UUUUUUGCACAAUGCUACGCUCUAGCGCUAUACGUACACUGCAUGCAUGAUGCAUGAUGCGUGAUAUAGUCUAUGCAUUUACUGUGUAGAUCCCUCUACGUACAUAAUUAUAUGCUAGAGAGAUCGAGAACGUCGAUUCAUGUCGUUGUCGGUGAAUUUGUCUUCGCAGAAGUGAAACCAAAGGCUAAACUAAGCCUGAAUAUCCACUGAACCAGACCUACUUAUUCCUCAAUAGAUCGGAGGUUUUGUUCCUCGUGUCCAGAAAAUAUCGGGUUCUCACUUUGUGUUCCACCAUAAAUCUUCUGAUACGGUCGGUAUGGCAUUAAAACGAAUCAACAAGGAAUAUAAGGACUUUGAAAAGGAACCCCCAAGUAACUGCUCUGCUGGUCCAGUUGGUGAUGAUAUGUACCACUGGCAAGCAACAAUAAUGGGUCCACCUGACAGUCCAUAUCAGAGUGGCGUGUUUUUCCUUUCAAUUCACUUUCCUACAGAUUACCCCUUCAACCUCCCAAGGUUGCUUUCACAACAAAAAUCUACCAUCCAAAUAUAAACAGCAAUGGCAGCAUCUGUCUAGAUAUCCUCAGAUCACAGUGGUCCCCAGCUCUCACUAUUGCAAAAGUACUCCUAUCGAUCUGCUCGCUGCUAACCGACCCUAACCCUGAUGACCCCCUCGUACCAGAAAUUGCAAACACCUACAAAAAGGA